AUGGGGGCGCGGCCACGGGCUCACCCGCGCAUGCGCCGUAGCAAGGUGGUGGGGCCACGGGCUCACCCGCGCAUGCGCCGUAGCAAGGUGGUGGGGCCACGGGCUCACCCGCGCAUGCGCCGUAGCAAGGUGGUGGGGCCACGGGCUCACCCGCGCAUGCGCCGUAGCAAGGUGGUGGGGCCACGGGCUCACCCGCGCAUGCGCCAUAGCAAGGUGGUGGGGCAACGGGCUCACCCGCGCAUGCGCCAUAGCAAGGUGGUGGGGCCACGGGCUCACCCGCGCAUGCGCUUUAGCAAAGAAGUGACGAGCAGUGAAACGCUGAUAACGGUGGAUGUGGUGGACAUGGACCCAGCACCACACACCUGGUCCAGACAGGGAGCCGUAGAGAAGGACUUCAGUGAAUUUCUUGGUAAAAUACAUGUUUUUUUUAUCAAUCGUGAAGGAAAUGGUUUGCAUGAACUGAAAAUAAAGAAUGAAGAAUGGUUUCGACAGCAACAGAGAAAGCUCCUGCAGCAGCAACAGAUAAAGCUCCUGCAGCAGCAACAGAUAAAGCUCCUGCAGCAGCAACAGAUAAAGCUCCUGCAGCAGCAACAGAUAAAGCUCUUGCAGCAGCAACAGAUAAAGCUCCUGCAGCAGCAACAGAUAAAGCUCCUGCAGCAGCAACAGAUAAAGCUCCUGCAGCAGCAACAGAUAAAGCUCUUGCAGCAGCAACAGAUAAAGCUCCUGCAGCAGCAACAGAUAAAGCUCCUGCAGCAGCAACAGAUAAAGCUCUUGCAGCAGCAACAGAUAAAGCUCCUGCAGCAGCAACAGAUAAAGCUCUUGCAGCAGCAACAUAUAAAGCUCCUGCAGCAGCAACAUAUAAAGCUCCUGCAGCAGCAACAGAUAAAGCUCCUGCAGCAGCAACAGAUAAAGCUCCUGCAGCAGCAACAGAUAAAGCUCCUGCAGCAGCAACAGAUAAAGCUCCUGCAGCAGCAACAGAUAAAGCUCUUGCAGCAGCAACAGAUAAAGCUCCUGCAGCAGCAACAGAUAAAGCUCCUGCAGCAGCAACAGAUAAAGCUCCUGCAGCAGCAACAGAUAAAGCUCUUGCAGCAGCAACAGAUAAAGCUCCUGCAGCAGCAACAGAUAAAGCUCUUGCAGCAGCAACAUAUAAAGCUCCUGCAGCAGCAACAUAUAAAGCUCCUGCAGCAGCAACAGAUAAAGCUCCUGCAGCAGCAACAGAUAAAGCUCCUGCAGCAGCAACAGAUAAAGCUCCUGCAGCAGCAACAGAUAAAGCUCCUGCAGCAGCAGCAACAGAUAAAGCUCCUGCAGCAGCAACAGAUAAAGCUCCUGCAGCAACAACAGAUAAAGCUCCUGCAGCAGCAACACCAGUAG